AUGCGUCGACAAUUGGAUGGUUUUGAUAGCCCUUGCAUUUCAGAACGGGAGUAUGUAAAGCUCCAGUACGGCCGUAAAAUCGCUCAGGAUACUUGUCUCCUAGCCACUAUGAAAACUCCAGACUGGUCACAUGUUUUUCCUGCAUUUAUUGGCAAACACAAUAUAGUUCCAUGCACUGUGACCACCAAUUCUGGCAAUUCCACUCUAAAAAUGUAUCCUUACUCGGUGUAUUCAUGUGCUUGUCAGUCGGAUCUCAGUCGGUGUCACAAAUAUCGGUCGAAUUACUUGAGACAUCGUUGCCUGUCUGGUCCAACAGUUGCUAUGCUACUUCCAACAGCGGGACACGAAUCCACACGCACUACUGUCCACUCCUCAGUAUUUGAAAACUGUGGUCGCGGAGUAAUAGAUCAAUCUAUUCCGUUGUCUCAUUUAAUAAUUUCACACUCUCCAGGACCGAAGAUGACGUCUAAUUUAUCACAUCUGAAUUACUGA